UCUGGCUGUGACAGAUUUUUCCCACCUCUUUGAUUCAUCCCAACACACAACAACACGCUGCUAUUUCCCUUUCUGUGGGAUUUCAGGCGCUGCGGCAUGAACGCACCGACCGGGACAGAAUCUGUGUCGAUAGAGAUGAUGCACGCCGACGUGUAUAGUUUUUAAAAUGCGCAAAUAGUGUUUAUUUUUAAGAUAAAAGAGGAAGACGGGACGGAUUGGGAACGUGCGCUGUGGCAUUCGGCUCCUGUUCACCUAGAUUCAAAGCUCUUUGAUAUGGGGUGUUAGUGAUGGGUCAGACGGGUACUUCACAAUAGGAAGUGAGAGUCUCAAGCAGGAAGGUUUGAGUAGAGCUAAUGGGGAGAUCGUACAGUCGGACACAAAGCUAGAGCGCUCAAGACCAGACCGUCUACUUCCCUCGUGUCGUCGACUCCGUACUGUCGUGUUGGAUGCAGCUUAACAAGCAGAAGAAGAGAAAGAAAGGAUUUCUCUUGCUCCAGUGGACUAGAUUGUAUUCGGAAUGAUGAAAAAGUGAACUUUAAUAGUUCCAGAAAUCAAAGAAACAAGUGAGGCGGACAGACAGAUAUAUUUUGUGGGAGACUUCAGGCAGAAAUAGGCGCCAACGUUUCCUGCGUGGCAUCGUUGGUCAGGUAAGAAAACAGGUCUACCUGUAGGAUGACCAGCCUUUUCCGACGCAGCAGCAGUAAUGGAGGGUCUCGGGAUGGUGGGGGCUCGGCUACAGGUGAGCUCAACAACUCCAGGCCCAACCGGCAAGUUCGACGGCUGGAGUUCAACCAGGCCAUGGAGGACUUUAAAACCAUGUUCCCUAGCAUGGACUAUGAGGUGAUCGAGUGCGUACUGCGCUCCAAUAAUGGGGCUGUGGAUGCCACCAUCGACCAACUCCUGCAGAUGAGCAUUGACGGACAAGGCUCAGAUGACAGUUCGGAUUCAGACGACAGCAUCCCACCAGAGAUUCUUGUGCGGACCCUCGAGCCAGACAGCUCAGACGAAGAGCCGCCCCCUGUCUACUCGCCACCAACAUAUGACAUGCACAUAUAUGACAGGAAAUACCCGGAUGCUCCUCCUGUUCCUCCACCCAGAUUUGAGGCCCAACCUCCUCCUGGACACAGACAAGUGCAAGGUUACAAAAACUGGAACCCACCGUUACUUGGCAAUCUGCCUGACGACUUCCUGCGAAUCUUGCCCCAACAGUUGGACAGUGUACAGGGCUCUCAGAGUAGCGUCUCCAAACCCUCUUUCUCCUCCUCCUCCUCCUCCUCCUCAGUACCCCAGAAGGUCCCCACUGUGGCAACCGCCACGGAAACAGGCGGCACUUCAGAGCAGGAACGCAAACUGAAGCAAUAUUUGGAGGAUGAGCGUAUUGCUCUCUACCUGCAGAACGAGGAGUUCAUGAAGGAGCUGCAAAGGAACCGAGAGUUCCUCAUUGCAUUGGAAAGAGAUCGAUUGAAAUACGAGUCAAAGAAAUCCAAAUCCAGUCAUUCAUCAGCUAGCAUGGAAAACUCCACAGGUGACCACUGUGCUUCCGGAUCGGUAGAGGCCUGUACAGCAGUCUCAGAUGACGCUCUGUUUAGAGACAAGCUAAAGCACAUGGGGAAAUCAACCAGGAAAAAGCUGUUUGAAAUUGCCAGAGGGUUCUCAGAGAAGACAAAGCGGAGGAAGUCUAAAAGAAGAACGUUGCUACGGCAUCAUUCAUUGGGCACAGCCAACUCCACUGCCAACCUCCUAGACCAUGUGGAAGGAAACCCAUGUGACGAAGAAAGUCAGCUUAGACGAUUGGCUGCACAGGAUGAGGAGGAGCCACAUAAGGAACCACUAUCAUGAUCCCUCUGUGCUCUUGGGAAAUUAGGGUUUCCAUGGUGACCUCAGAAUGACCCAUGGCUGAUAGCUCCUUAUCUCAGUGGCUCUGGUAUUUAGCUCAGUGCCAGGCAAUCGCAGACUCCAGAGGAACAGCCCAACCCAGACCUGCCGAGGCAGGACUGUACGAUCAUUUUGUAGCAGUCUUUUGCGAGCCUAAGAUUAUUGUUACCUACAUUUGAUUACUAUUAUAAUUAUUGUAUUGUAACGGUUUGUUGAUAUUUGGUUUCAUAUGUAAAACUCAACAGGUAUAGUACUGAUUUCCAGCUAUGUAUUUUUUCUUUUUAUCCAUAAUCAUUUGGAAAGAAAUUCCCUUUAUGUUUGUUUAAAAUAUAUAUAAUUUACCUGAGGAAUUUUAUUUCCCCACUUAUAUGUGAUAUGACUUGACACCAUUUGAAAAGAGGCAAAUGAUUUGUUUAUUACUGUCCACAAUCAAUGGUCAGUCAUUUCAGCACAUUAGUAUAUAACUCAUUUCUUAUUUUUAAUGGAUUUUCAGAGUCUAAUCUGCACGUUAAACAUCAAAGGCAUUUCCUCUAAGAAUGUACUCAGAAACCUUUCUUUAUCGUUGCUAUUAAGAAAUCGUUAUUCAGGUGUCCAUUUAGUCUGGUGUGAUUUUUAGGGUGCUGAAUAGCCCAGUUCCAUACUACUUUUUCAUACAGUUAAAUCAAAACCAAUAGUUCAUUCAGAUGAGAUGCCCUCCUUUAAGAGUAAGGCAAUGCACACUUUCUAUGUAAUACAUCCUCCAUGCCAAAAUUUGAUUUCAGUCAUUUUUACACAAAAAAGAAAGGCAAAUCGAGUUUGCCUGCUUCUCAUGUUUGCACUGCCAUAUCAGUUUUAUAAAAUAUUGAAAUACUUUUUUUAACUGUUUCUUAGUGAAAAGUGAUUAGAUUGAUUGAGUCAGUAUAGUUGUCAUCUAGACAUGUUUUUUUUUUUAUCUUCGCAACGAACAGAACGGACAUAGAACAGUUUGAAUCAUGCUGUCCUUGAACCAACCAAAACGCUGCAGUGUGCUUUGGUUUUUUGCAAAUCACACUGAAUGAUUUACCCUAACUCUGUGCUUCCACGUAGGUCACGUGACUAUGUCAUAAAGUCAGAGAUCUAAUUGUGAUCCACCAAUAAGAAUGUGCCAUUAUGUUUCUUUUAGGGUUGUGCAUCCCAGUAUUGAUUCAGUGUGAAGUAGCCCAUUGGUGGACACUGUGUGACAUUGAUGUUUGUUUGUAUGCAUUUUAUGCACAUCAAAUUGUCCAACAGUUAAAUCUGUCAGUUUGAAACCGUCUAGCACAGUAUUAUAUGUGUCUAGGCUUUUUGGAUUCCACCAUGUUACUGAUACACUUCGAGCUCCUGAAAUCUACCGAUAUGACUAUAGGAGCUUGCAAGUUUUAUUUAAAGGGCAUUAUGUAUAUGAAGUCAUGUUUAUGUCACAUCAAUAUGUGAUUGAUUUUUGCCAUUAUUACAAAUUAUAUAGGUAUUAAUAAGCAUCAUUAAUGACAUGUAUACCACCUAAUCAUGUUCUGUGAAGUGUAAUUGCCAUUAUGAAAUAUGUGCUGAUGCGUGCAUAUUUGCAUGAUUUCUUUAGUUUUUUCCAGAUCUUUAUUGAUGGCACAAAAAAAACAAGUCUGUAAUCUGUUUUGAAAAUGAUAUGAAUUGAAAGAACAAAGGUUUUGUUAGAGCAAAACCUUGUUGAGAGAAAUAACGCAUACAGCACAGGGCCCAUGUUUCCAGCUUGUACUGUUGUCGUCUGUGAUUCACGGGCAUGACUGUGUGAGAUUUUCCCUUCCAUCCUGCUUGUUAACAUUUUAUCCUCUCAGGGAACUUGCUUUGAUUUCACUUUCUGCUAAAAGCACAACUCAAACUGAAAAUUUGUUAGCGCAGAGGCUUCUUUAAUAGGCAAGGUAGCACCAUCUGUUUACCCAUCGUGAGGUUGAUAUGAAAGAAUUCAAGGGCUGUGUGGCUGAUCUCCUUCAGUAUGUAGCCAAGUUCCUUUUCUUGAUCACAUGUGCUUGUGUGAUCAAGAUACCUUUCAAGAUACUUUUUUCCAUCUUUGGUUUUUGUAUGGGACAGAUAGGGCUGAAAUCACUGGCAGAUGGGUUCAGAGAGUGUUGUGUAUGAGCCACAAGAGUUUGAGCGGCUCUUAACAAUUAGUGGAAUGUACUAUUUAUACUGAAUUAGAAGGGAGUAACUGUACAUGCAAAUUGGCAAUUUUUUUAUAUGAAAUAUUUAGCCAUUAUUUCUGUCCCCUUACUUUCUUCUGAAGAAUGAUUCUCAAACAAAUUAAGCUCACUCUUUGUCUACUUGUCCAAAAUCAAUGUGAUUGUUCCACAUCGCUAUUUCAAGUUCUGGACUUUUCUUACAAUGCAGACGUUUAUUAGCUAUUGGAAUAAAUAAUAAAAUUGUUGAACUCUGUCUAACCAUGUCAUUUCCCCCAACCAAAAGUCAAGUAUUCAACAGAAAUUAGUUAUAGAUAGCUUAUAACUACAGAUAAUAAUUUAUAAUA